GCAGGCCUGGCUUUGGUGUGGGGUUGUGGGGUCUUCUCAGCUCUGCCUGGGCCCAGCCCGCGCGAGGCCGUAGGGAGGCGUGAGGCGUGCUGCAGACCUGCACCGCAGUCUGGGCACAGCUCGGCAAGUCGUUGAGAUGGCGGGAAACGUGGGGGGCAUGUCCCAGCUGGGUGACAAGCCAGAGAUGAGACAGGCCAGUGCUCCUGGGAAGAGUGGAGAUUACUUGUUGUUUUGAAACCGGUGUCCCUGUGGACCUCCCGAGUGCCGGGGUGACAGUGGGGGACAUAGGCAGGGCAGGCUCCCCUCCGCAUGGCUGCCCUAGGGAGCUCCCCGAGCCCAGACCAGCCUGGCCUCUGCACCAAGCCACCCAUAGAACCCUCUGGACGAAUGGCCCCAAACACCUCGGUUCUUCUGCUUUGGAGCGCCCCCCACCCCAGUGUGUAGCAGUGGUCCGGCCAGGGAACCCUGGGGGGCUUAGGAGGGGGAGCACUGGAGCCCGCACCCUGGUUUGGUCAGGCGCAGCUCUUGGGACAUUGAGCUGGCCCCAGAGCAGGAGCAGGGACAUUCCAGGCCGGCGGGAGAAGCGGGGAGGGAGAAUGGCCACUGAUGCAGGCAUCUCUGCUUCACUGGAAGGUCACCCAGGGGUCCGGACCUGAACCUUAGGAAUGUUACAGGGAAGCAGUAACGUGGACCUGCGGCCGUCUGUACAGGGGCACACACAGUGACACCUCCCGGGGAUCACACCCGGAGCCACAGGCUUGUGCACUUUCAUCCACUACCCCUCCCCAGCCCGAGUGACAUUUGGAGAAUGAACAAACAUCCUGGCUGCCUCCCUGAGCUAGGCAGACUUUCUGAAAGGCUUGCCGGUCUACAACAAGAGCAACUUCAGCAGGUUCCACGCGGACUCCGUGUGCAAGGCCUCGUCAUUGUGACAGAAAAGACGAACAUCCUCCUGCGGUACCUGCACCAGCAAUGGGACAAAAAGAAUGCCGCCAAGAAGCGAGACCAAGAGCAAGUAGAGGCAGAGGGCGAGAGCUCAGCGCCACCCCGCAAGGUGGCCAGGACUGACAGCCCUGACAUGCCCGAGGACACCUAGACCCCACGCAGCGCCCCACGUCUGUCUGCUCUGUCCGCUCCCGCCCGCGUGUGUAAGCGCAGCCCCACACCCAGCCCGCGCCCUCCGACCUCCAACCUCAUAGGACCCAUGUAUUUAUUUUCCUUGAGUUUUUAUUUAUGCUGUAACUCGUGUCAAGCAUUGGUUAAAGGGACAUCAGGCCUAGCCGUGAGGUGUCGGUAGACGCUGUUUUAAAGCACAGUGGUGUCCCCCACCCGGCCACCCGCCAGAGACCACGUCAGGGUCCAGAGCCCAGGGCGGCCUGGUUUCCCUACACACCGAGCGGCCUUCGCGCUCCUUCCCACCCGCAGGCCGGCCGGGUCUCGGUGCCCGGGUCCUCCCGGGUGCUCCCCGUGCCCGGGCCUCACUCUGAGCCCACGCCAGGGCAGGAGAGAGCUGGCCUUUCUGGAUCUUUCUCCUAAGUCAUUUUAUCAUGGACUAGCCCGUGCUCCGCGUCCACCCCAAUAAAAGGAUCUUUCCUACUCCA